GUGCGCGCGCGCGCGCGCGGGCGCAUUUCCUUUGAUAACGGGGUGAGAUUAAUAGGAUGUGCUCGUCUCUCUCUUCUGUCAGCCGUUUGUUGAGUUCGUUCGUGGUUUUAUCCAACGCGACUUUUCAGUCGUUUUUUAUCUACUCAUCCAGCUUCGUUAAAUUUUCACUGGAGCAAUUUAGGGAGACUCGGAGAUACAGAGCCGGGCGAAGUUCACAUGCAAGCUUCGCAUCGCGGAAGAGCUGCCAGACUCUGGACAGCAGGUUGAUCAUCUAACGCUGGAAGUCGCCUCUCGAAGCUUCCCUUUUGGGCGAGUGAACGAGUGUGUGCGAUAACCCUGCGGUGGACCGGUGGCCUGUCCAGGGCGUACCCUGCCUCGUGCCCUAUGCGCCAUGGGUAGAGGGUCUGGACCGGCGAGCGGCGACCCAAGCAGUUCUUGAUGAUGGACGGAUUCUUUGGACAACAGCGUCGCAAGACAAAAGCAAGACGGGACAGAACGGAGUCGAUCCUUCCUGGAAGUUUCCUCCAGCAAUGUUCUUGGGCGGAAAUUUCAAUGACCUUCGCGAGCCAGCGCGGUUGAUACACGGUAAAACUGCACUGAGGGGAAGUGGCACGUCAUAAGCUCGAAAAACACCCACUUGGUGGAUGAUAAGUUGCACAGUAGCGGAAUUAUAUAUGUGCGCUGUACUGUUACCAAAUUAAUAAUAAUUCCACUAACUGAGGCAAACCAUUGGCCCGUGUAUGUAGGCAGAGGAACCAUUUCUUUGGUUUGUUUGUAAGAAAUGUACCUGAGAGCAAUAUUAAGCGUGUCCGCUUUUACUCGUCAGUAGUGUGGAAUGCAGUGUUGGGCAGGUUUCCUUUCCAGCGUGUGUGUGUCUCUCUCUCUCUCUCUCUCUGUGUCUGUGUGAGCGGACGAAGAGCGGAGGUACCGCGCGCUCUGCGCCUGAGCCGCUCGGGUUGCCGUAGCGAUGAUCUCCUCUGUCCGCCUCUCAAUGAGCGCUGCCAAGAUGGCGCCGGCAGCCUCACGGAGCAGCUUGGACUCUGCGGGCGGCUAGACACGGCUGUGCAGCACCGAGUCUCGGCCACGGAGAGCAACAUUUGCAGCAAGUAAUAAAAAGCGCGAAAGUCGGCUGCUGUUGGGCCCGCCAUGGUGGAUCUCAUGCACGACUGGGAUUAUUGAAAAGAGAGAACCAGCCCCCCUCGCUCCGGCAUGGACGCCCCGCACCGCGGCGAGGCCAGCAGCAGACAGGAGGGUCCCCCGAAAGAUGGUUCCCACCGGAGCUCAGAGGUGGACGACCUGUGGGACGAGCCCAGCGAGGAGGAGGAAGCCCUGUACAGUGCCUCCCCACCCCGCACCCCCCGCCAGAUGAAACGCAUGUCGGGCAAGCAUCAGAGGAACAUCCUUAGCAAGUCCACGGGUCGCUCCCCUAAUAAAGUAGAAAAAGUGGUCCCCUCCGGCCAUUGUGCCUACAGGGAGAAAGAGGUCACCAGGCCUGCCGACACGCCUGAGGAAUAUAGCUACAGGCAGGGAAAGAAGCAUCGGGCCACCUUACGUUCCAACGAAAGAGACCACAAAAAGACGUUUGAGGGCUCCUUCAUGCUGGACCCCUUGUCCAAGUCCAGCCCCUUUGGAUCCCUCAACAUGGACCCCCGGAAGCCCUACCUGAGCCUUGCCUGCAGCAGCAGCAAGCUUCCGGUUAGCAUGCCUCAUCAUGUGGCCCGGCCACAUCGGCAGACAUCGCGAACUGACUGUCCCGCUGACCGCCUCAAAUUUUUUGAGACGCUGAGGCUGCUGCUGAAGCUCACCUCUAUGUCCUCUAAGAGGAAGGAGAAGGAGCAGCGUGGACUGGAGAACACGGCCUUCAUGGGGCAGAACAAUGAGGUGAUCUGGUUGGAGCUGCAAGCGUGGCAUGCACACCGCAGUGUCAAUGACCAGGACCUCUUCCUCUACACCGCCCGCCAGGCCAUCCCGGACAUCAUCGAGGAAGUGCUAAAUUUCAAGGUCAACUACCGUAGUCUGGGAACUUUGGGUGGCGCUGAGGGUGCAGGUCACGAGGCGGACGCGGCACCUGUAGCCUGCAGUAAGACGGACACGGUGGGUGUGCCACUGUGCAAUGAGGCGGACCCUGGAGGCUGGGCUUGCGGUGAGGCGGAUCCGAACGGCAAGCCAGGAACUGAGGCAGUGUUAGGUGACCUUGAGGGUGGCAAGCGCAGGGAUGUUGCAGGUAUGGCCACGGACCUCCAAGACCUGCAGCAUUUCAGUGCUUGUGCGCCAGAGGACGAUGCCAUGGUAGACUGCCAGGGGCACCUGCAGCGCCAGCGGCUGGCCUUCGAGCAAGUCAAACGGGUGAUGGAGAUGCUGGAGUCAGUGGAGGCGUUGUACCCCUCGCUGCAGACGCUUCAGAAGGACUACGAGAAGUAUGCGGCACGUGAUUUUCAGGCCAGGGUGCAGGCGCUCUGCCUGUGGCUCAACAUCACCAAGGACCUGAACCAGAAGCUCCGGGUCAUGGGCACCGUUUUGGGUCUCCGUGAUUUGUCACACUUGGGCUGGCCCGUCUUUGAGAUCCCCUCGCCGCGCUGCUCACGGGGCACCGAGGAUGACGAGGAGGAGGAGGACGAGAAUGACUCGACGGCUACCUACACGGCCGACAGCGAUGGUGAGGAGCCAUCUGAUGCGCCGGGUGGCAGUAAUCCGCCACCCUGCCAGACUCCCAAGUUCGCCCGCCUUUUGUCAGAGGAAGAGUUCCUCUUGCCAGCCUCAGGUGCGACUCUUGAGGGAACCGGGGCUCCUGAAGGGAGCGGAGGUGGCGGAGGGAGCCGGCACUCUACCACCUCCAUAUAUCGACCCUUUGUGGACAAGGCUCUGAAGCAGAUGGGACUGCGUAAGCUCAUCCUCAGGUUGCACAAGCUGAUGGACCGCUCUCUGCAGAGGUCACGGGCAGCACUGCUAAGCCAUGCCCCGCCACAGGAGUUCUCAGAGUACCCAGACCCCCUUCUGUACAGUGACUACCUGCCAGAGUUCUCCCGUUGCCAGUCCUGUGAAGCAGAGGAGUCAGGGGAAGGACUGGUGUCGUGGACAGAGCUGCUCGCCAUGGAUCUCCCCUCCUUUCAGCCUGCCUUCCUGGUACUGUGCCGCGUGCUGCUCAAUGUCAUCCACGAGUGCCUGAAGCUGAGGCUGGAGCAGAGGCCAGCUGGAGAGCCGUCGCUACUCAGCAUCAAACAGUUGGUGCGCGAGUGCAAGGAGGUGCUGAAAGGUGGCCUCCUAAUGAAGCAGUAUUACCAGUACAUGCUGCGCGGAGUGGUGUCCGAUCCCCAGGGCCCGCAGAGCAAUGCCAAUAUCGACGAGUUUGAGGAGGAUCUCCACAAGAUGCUCAUGGUGUACUUUGACUACAUGCGUAGCUGGAUCCAGAUGCUUCAGCAGCUUCCGCAAGCCUCCCACAGCCUGAAGAACCUUCUGGAGGAGGAAUGGAACUUCACCAAGGUCAUCACUCCCUAUAUCCGCGGUGGUGAGGCACAGUCCGGCAAGCUCUUCUGUGACAUUGCAGGGAUGCUGCUCAAGUCCACUGGGGACUUCUUGGAUGCUGGGCUGCAGCGGAGCGAUGAUGAAUUUUGGGAAAGCGCCGAUGACAGUACAGCCUCGGAUGAGAUCAGGCGGUCGGUGAUUGAAACGAGCCGCUCCCUCAAAGAACUGUUUCAUGAGGCCAGAGAACGAGCAUCCAAAGCGUUGGGCUUCGCCAAGAUGCUUCGCAAGGACCUGGAAAUAGCAGCUGACUUUACCAUUACUGCUGGAGUCCCUAGUCUUCUUGAAGCUCUGAAGGCAAAGGAGUAUGUCAAGGUGCAAAUCCCAGGCCUGGAGGAGCUCCAGGUAUUUGUCACUUAUGGUUUGGUCUCCCAGCGCCCUGUCAUCCUUCAGCUCCUCAAUGCAGCAGCAGGGAAGGACUGUUCCAAGGAGCCUGAUGAGAUGGGUGAAGAUGAGGCUUACCUGCUCAUGAGCAAGCAUGGAGCUGGAGACUUACUUGCUGGGGCUGCCUGGACGCAGUGGGACGGUACCCUGCUCAAGCUGGUACCUCAGAUGGAGACAGUAGACACAUUGAGAGCCAUGAAGGUAGAGAAUCUGCUGCUUGUGGUGAUGCAGUCGGCUCACCUAGUUACCCAACGCAAGGCUUUCCAGCAGUCCAUGGACGAAGUGCUUACUCUGCGCUGCGAGCAGACAUCCAGCCAGCCCCUUAUUGCGGCGGCGCUUGAACAGCUCAAGAACGAGGCUCUGGAGCUGUGCAUGAAGAUCAACAGCGCCAUCGACCGCGUGGAGUACAUGUUCACCUCCGAGUUUGAAGCCGAGGUGGAGGAAUCGGAGUUGGCCACGCUGCAGCAGUACUAUCGGGAGGCUAUGAUCCAGGGUUACAACUUUGCCUUCGAGUAUCACAAGGAGGUCGUGCGCUUGAUGUCGGGGGAAUUCCGGCAGCGGAUUGGAGAGCAGUACAUCGCUUUCGCCCGCAAGUGGAUGAACUAUGUCCUCACCAAGUGCGAGAGCGGUCGUGGCACACGACCCAGGUGGGCUACGCAAGGCUUUGACUUCCUACAAGCUAUUGAACCUGCCUUUAUUUCAGCGCUGCCUGAAGACGAUUUCCUGAGUCUGCAGGCCCUCAUGAACGAGUGCAUCGGUCAUGUGAUCGGCAAGCCCCACAGUCCUGUGAGCGGCCUCUACAUUGGUCCCAGGAACAGCCCCCGACCUGUCAAGGUUCCACGGUGCCACAGCGACCCCCCGAACCCCAACCUGUUUAUUCCCAACACAGAGGUCUUCAGCUCUAGGAGUCUCCCCUGCGACCUCCGGACCCCGCCGUGCCCCAUUGGUCCCCGCCCUGCUCCGCAGGGUGCUGGGGAACCUACCUUCACCAAACCGCCCGCCAGCACCCCCAAUGACCUCAGGGGCACCAACCUCCAUGAGAACGAUCGCCUGUCGUCGGUGCCUGCGGAGCUGCAGUUCAAGUCCCUGAGUCGUCACUCCAGUCCCACUGAGGACAGGGAAGAGCCCAUGUACCCAAAAGGAGACCCCAGCACGACAGCUCGACGCAGCUGGGAGCUCCGAAACUUCAUGAGCCAGCCUAAAGCCCGGCAGGGUCCGAUGGAAGCGGUGAGACGCUCAAUCCGCUCCUUCGAGGAGACGCGCUAUGCCCUCCUGAAGCAGCGCAACAUCAUCGGCCAAGUGUGUCACAAGCCUAAGUCUUACGACAACGUCAUGCAAGUGGGUCUGCGGAAGGUCACCUUCAAGUGGCAGAGGGGCAACAAGAUUGGUGAAGGGCAAUAUGGGAAGGUGUACACCUGCAUCAAUGUUGAUACUGGAGAGUUGAUGGCCAUGAAGGAGAUUAGAUUCCAGCCCAACGAUCACAAAACGAUCAAGGAGACUGCUGACGAGCUGAAGAUUUUUGAGGGCAUCAAGCAUCCGAACUUGGUCCGCUACUUUGGAGUGGAAUUGCAUCGGGAGGAGAUGUACAUCUUCAUGGAGUACUGUGACGAGGGCACCUUGGAGGAAGUGUCACGGCUGGGGCUGCAGGAGCACGUGAUUCGCCUUUACAGCAAGCAGAUCACCACCGCCAUCAAUGUGCUUCACGAGCAUGGAAUUGUGCACCGGGACAUUAAGGGAGCAAACAUUUUCCUAACAUCGUCAGGCCUCAUCAAGUUGGGUGAUUUCGGCUGUUCCGUCAAGUUGAAGAACAAUGCUCAGACCAUGCCUGGUGAGGUGAACAGCACUUUGGGAACAGCAGCAUAUAUGGCACCGGAGGUCAUCACCAGGGCAAAAGGUGAAGGCCACGGUAGAGCAGCUGACAUCUGGAGUCUGGGCUGUGUCCUGAUCGAGAUGGUGACGGGGAAGCGGCCGUGGCACGAGUACGAACACAACUUUCAGAUCAUGUACAAGGUGGGUAUGGGUCACAAGCCACCCAUUCCUGAGAAAUUGAGCACAGAGGGGAAGGAUUUCCUGUGCCACUGUCUGGAAAGUGAGCCUAAACACCGCUGGAGUGCCAGCAUGCUGUUGGACCACCCUUUUGUCAAGGUGUGCACAGAUGAAGAGUGAAAGUUGGGGCCUUACUUUUUGUACAAAGCCAAGCACUACUGUAUGUAAUAUUUACAAACCUGUUCUCCAGUGAUGGAAGGACAAUUUUUUUUUUUGUAAACUGGAUGUUGGGCCAUUGCAGCUCCUCAGCCAGACUGAGGGGAUCCUUCCCAGCAUGCAAUUUAACAGAGGAAGUUGUGCAGAAAGAGCAAGUCUUACCUGUCCAGGGAUCAGAUGGCAAGGCCCUUUUAUUUGUACAAAUAAUAGCUACCACCUCAAAUUUGUAAGAACAAAACUGAGAGUCUUCUAUGGACAUGGAUAGAGAACACUGAACUGCAUCCAGUAGUAAUUCAAUCCAUGGAUGGAUGGGGGGGGUGUUGCAAGAUUCAAGGCUUAAGUAUUUCUUCAUGCUGCACAGCCCACUUCGAAGUGUUUGUGUGCUGGGACUGUACUCCCCCUGUGGGAUGUGGAGUGGGAUACAUGCUCUCCUAUGGCUGCUGAAAUAUUGUAGCGCCUGCUGCUCUUUCAAUGUUUGCAUUGUAAAGUAUAAUUAAAUCCUUGACUUUUGAAGCUUGAACGGAAAUCACUUACUACACAACUGCACUGCCACCCUCCCUCUCUCUCAGGAGACUCU